UAGUUUAUAUUCAUGGAACUUUUUGUUAUUCCCGGAACAUGACCUCAUUUAACAGAAGUAGAAUCACACUUGAUGGCCGUUGCUAAAUCUGCCUUACGGUACGGUCUACAGAUACGGCACAUCUGCGGAUAUUCUAUAUCCCGCUUCUGGAGCCACCAUUGAAUGGGCAUACCUAUAGGGACACUGGUCGAUAUGGAUUUAUCCUUCCCCCGGUUCACAUUAUUCCGAACGCAGAGGAGGCACUGAUAGGCAUUGUGGCCCUUUUAGAUAAGUGUAAAGAGGUGGGCUAUCUUAAGCUCAAGAGUACACAAUAAUCACUGGGGUUAAGUUUCAUUAGAGUUAAGCUAAGUAACACGAACUCAGUAGUUGUUCAAAAUGCGUCUGCUUUGGUUGCUUGCCACGCUGGUGGCUCUAACAAGUGCUGGGAUCCUUAAGGAUGCUCCCAAGGAGCGCUAUGACAAUUUCAGGGUGUAUAAGCUAACCAUACAGAACCAGUUCCAGUUGUCUGUGAUCGAAAAACUUGCUGAGCUGACGAAGAAGUACAAUAUUUGGAAGGAGUUUGACGAGCAUACCAAGCAGUUGGACAUCAUGGUUAGUCCUGAGGAGCUUAGCCGCUUCCAGAAUCUUCUCAUGUUCAAUAACAUUAGCAGUGAGCUAAUGAUCGAAAACGUCCAAGAACGUAUCGACGAGGAGCAAGUCACGGCCACUGCAGAUAGUGGCACCUUUGGCUGGACGAAGUACUACGAGCUGGAGGAGAUUGAGGCCUGGUUGGAUGAGGUACUAGCUACAUAUCCCGCGGUGACCGAGGAGUUCAUUGUGGGCAAGUCAUACGAAGGUCGCACUAUUCGGGGCAUUAAGAUUUCGUACAAGACUGGCAAUCCGGGCAUUUUCAUCGAGUCCAACAUCCAUGCUCGAGAGUGGAUCACCUCGGCCAGUGCCACGUGGUUCAUCAAUCAGCUCUUGACCUCAAAGGAAGCCGAGGUGCGGAACUUGGCCGAGAGCUACGACUGGCACAUUGUGCCCGUUUUCAAUGUAGAUGGUUUUGAGCACUCACACAAAAAGGAUCGUAUGUGGCGCAAGACGCGUCAACCACAUGCCACCAAUGCCUGCAUCGGAGCCGAUGCCAAUCGAAACUUCGACUCUCAUUGGCUGGAGAACAAUGGAGCAUCGAAUAAUCCCUGCAGCGAGACCUUUGCCGGAGACACGCCUGGAUCGGAGCCGGAAGCCAAGGCCUUGGUCGAGUAUUUGACCAAGAUCAAGGACCAGUUCAGUGUGUACAUAUCCUUCCACUCCUAUGGACAGUAUCUGCUCUCUCCCUACGGACACACGAAAGAGGAGUUCCCCGAGAACUAUGACGAUAUCCUGACUAUUGGCAAGGCCUUUGCCGAUGCGAUUGAAGGAUUGCCAUACGGCACUGUCUACCAAUAUGGGUCUACUGCUGAUGUGCUUUAUGUGGCCACUGGAACCUCUGUGGACUGGGUGUUCAACGAACUGGAUAAGAAGAUUGGUUACACAAUCGAAUACCGUGACAAGGGCCGUUAUGGCUUUAUCCUGCCACCCGUGCAGAUCAUUCCCAACUGCGAGGAGCUGAUGGUUGGAAUGCUGGCUUUGAUUGAAAAGACCAAGGAGCUGGGUUACUUGUAAGGGCACAAUUUAUUUGAGUCGAGUAAGCCGUUUACUCGUUUUCAUUAAAAUACCUCACGUAAGAGGCCAGCAA